GCUAUGUUAGUCAUUUGAAUUACCUGGGCUGGGUGUUACUAUUGGUCUAAGAAACCAACAGUUCCUGCUGCAAUUCCCGCUUGGCACACCUAGGUAAAUGCAUUAUAGUGGAUAGACGGCAGAAAUUUGUGUCUCCUCGAACCGAUUGCGCAUUGAGUCAUCGUCUUACCCUACCGAUUUCUUAUUGCAGUCACGACCAACUCACCACGUUUCACAAAAUCUCAUUCAUAGCCAGGAGUCACGCAGCCCCUGUAAGCAUUCUUGACGUCUCAUUUCCGAGGAUUUCAUUAUUCUCCAACGCUGUCCGCCGGCCCUUAAACCGGCACCAUGGUUCAUGCAGACGCCUCUAACUUCGUCAUUGGCGUGACCAAAGAUCAAGCCUACGAGCAAGUGCUAAUGCAAGCCGAGGGUCUCUUCGAUGGUCAAAGAAACUGGGUCUGCAACCUAUCCAACGCAGCCUCCCUCCUCUGGCACGCCUACAAAUCCCUUCCUUCGCCGAGUAACCAGGUGAACUGGGCAGGCUUCUACACCCUCAAUCCCCUCUCUCCUUCUCCCCAACUCAUCCUAGGCCCCUUUCAAGGUAAAGUCGCCUGCCAAACUAUCGCCUUCUCACGGGGCGUAUGCGGCGUCGCGGCUGCGACGCAAACCACGCAGCUCGUACGCGACGUCGAUGCGUUUCCGGGUCAUAUCGCCUGCGACGGAGAUAGUCGGAGCGAGAUUGUCGUGCCGAUCGUUGUUUCUCAGGAGGGAACAGGAGAGAAGAAGCUGGUGGCUAUUAUUGAUAUCGACUGUGCGGUUUUGGAUGGGUUCGACGAGGUGGAUAGGGUGUACUUGGAAAAAUUGGGGGGUUUGAUUGGGAGGAGUUGCGAUUGGUGGCUUUGGUCAUCUGGGGAUAGAUUGGACUGCUAAGGAAGUCGAGUCUGGGCGAGACAAAAGCUUGACGAGUAUUAGGGGCUUGAAUUCUUGGGUUGAGUCCACUUGGCUUUCCCUUGUACGCUGAGGAUGACUUGAAAGCUUCAUAUAACUUGAAGCAACAGCUGAUGAGA